CAGGAACCAGGGGCGAUGAUUGCCGUGGUUUCGUCACAUUGCACUCAGGCAUCCUCCCACAGACCUUGUGAGACGCGCCGUUGGGUCUCGACAACCGAUUGCUGCACUCGCGCAUGCCAAGCGCAAACAACCUCAUGACCUGCUAGUAAUAGACUGAGCUCGACGCUCGCGCGCUUCCUUAUCAUUCGCCGUCAUCGAGCUCGAGCGCAAACCACUUUGACUCUCACUCGAAGACACAAUGGCGCCUUACGAGUCCCAUCAGCUCCGUCGGGGAAAGUACGCUAGGCUCGAUGCCCCGACCGACGACGACCUGGAGCCCACGCCAACGCGCUUCUCCUCCGAGUCGAAUGCGACACUGGAGGACCUCGAAGAGCACGACCCGCUGGCCUUCGAUAGCAAGCUGAAGCGCAAGAAGAGCGCGGGCGACCUCAAAGUCCGCAAGGCCUCGUUCAAGGAUGCCGAGGCCGCUGCGGCGAUACCGUAUGCAAGGAGGAAGAAGUUCACACCAGGGCGGUGCUGCUGCUGGCUGCUGACGUUUGUCGCCGCCACAGUGCUGUUGCUCGCGGCAGGGGGCAUUUGGGCAUACAAGGUGUCAGUACCGGUCGAUGGGCGUAGUCCGCCCUGGUACCCGGCGCCGAAGGGUGGAGCGGAUCCUGCAUGGGAGGAGAGCUACAAGAAGGCGGCUGAACUAGUCAAGCAGAUGACGUUGGUUGAGAAGGUCAACAUCACAACGGGCACCGGCUGGAGCAUGGAGAUGUGUGUUGGUAACAACGGGGCUGUGCCGAGACUCAAGUUUCCUCAGUUGUGCCUGCAGGACGGUCCUCUCGGCAUCCGCUUCGCAGACAACAUCACCGCUUUCCCUGCCGGCAUCACUGUUGGAGCAACCUGGAACAAGGAGCUCAUGUAUCAGCGCGGCAAGGCUCAUGGCAAAGAAGCACGACUCAAGGGUGUCAACGUCCUGCUCGGCCCGGCUAUGGGUCCCCUUGGUCGUCUGCCUGCUGGAGGCCGCAACUGGGAAGGCUUUGGCAGUGAUCCAGUACUUCAAGGUAUCGCCGCUGCUCAGACCAUCAAGGGUAUUCAAGAGGAGGGUGUCAUGGCCACAGCGAAGCACUGGGUCGGCAAUGAACAGGAGCACUUCCGCCAGGCACGGGAGUGGGGCAUUCCGAACGCCAUCUCGAGCAACAUCGAUGAUCGGGCUCUGCACGAGAUCUACGCUUGGCCGUUUGCUGACUCUGUCAAGGCUGGCGUUGUUUCUGUUAUGUGCUCAUAUAAUCAGGUCAACUCGUCCUACGCCUGCGCCAACAGCAAGCUGCUCAACGGCGUGCUGAAGGACGAACUGGGUUUCCAAGGCUUCGUGCAAUCGGAUUGGCUGGCUCAGCGAUCUGGCGUUGCAAGCGCACUCGCUGGCUUGGACAUGACAAUGCCUGGCGACGGACUUCGCUGGAGCAAUGGUGACAGCCUUUGGGGCGCAAGGCUCACGCAAGCCGUGCUGAACGGAAGCGUGCCAAUCGACCGCGUUGACGACAUGGUCACCCGCGUUGUGGCAUCUUGGUACCAGGUCGGACAAGACAAGUGGUCCAACGAAGGCCCCAACUUCUCCUCCUGGACAAAUGAUGAGGUUGGCAAGCUUCACGAAGGCAGCCCGUCGGAUAAAACCACAGGUGUCGUCAACAAGUUCGUCAACGCUCAGGGCGAUCACAAGGACAUUGUCCGCAAGGUCGCCGCUGAGGGCACUGUCUUGGUCAAGAACGAGGACAAUGUACUGCCGUUGAGCCGCAAGGGCCACAAGGACGGGUCGAAGUCGAAGAGGCAGACCAAGUUCCGCGUUUGUGUCUUUGGUGAAGAUGCACGCCUUCCUUACGAUGGUAUCAACAAGUGUCCCGAUCAGAGUUGUAAUGACGGCACUCUGGCUUCGGGCUGGGGUUCUGGCGCCGUCGACUUCCCUUACCUUGUAGAGCCAAUGUCCGCUAUCCGGGCUGCAUUUGACAAGGAGAACGUUUACAUCACCGACUGGCUCAAGAACAAGCUGCCGAAGCAGAAGGAGAUUGUUGAAGAUCAAGACCUCUGUAUCGUCUUUGUCAACUCUGAUGCUGGCGAAGGUUACUUGAAGUGGGCGGACGUUCGCGGUGACAGGAACGACUUGUCCAUCCAGAAAGAUGGUAACCAGCUUGUAAAAGACGUCGCCAAGGGCUGCGGCAAGGGUAAGGGUGAUGUUGUCGUCGUGGUGCACACUGUUGGCACUGUCAACCUGGAAGAGUUCAUCGACAUCCCCAACGUCAAGGCCGUCCUGAUUGCCAAUCUGCCUGGUCAGGAGUCCGGCAACGCCAUCGUGGACGUUCUCUUCGGCGACGUCAACCCCUCCGGCCGUCUCCCAUACACCAUCGCCAAGAAAGAAGAAGACUUCGGUCCCGACAGUAAAGUCAAAUACCUGCCCAGCCCCUCUGACGGUCUCGCACCCCAGCAGAACUUCUCCGAAGGCCUUUACAUCGACUACCGCCACUUCGACAAGCAAGAUAUUGCUCCACGCUACGAAUUCGGCUUUGGGCUCUCCUACACCCAGUUCAAGCUCUCCUCCCUCCUCAUCCGCUCCAAACACGGCAAAUCUCCCUUGCCUUCCGCCCGCCCCUCCGGCAUCGCACCGCCAACCUACCCCACCGACCUGCCCGAUCCCAAAUCCGCACUCUUCCCCAAGGACUUCCACAAAGUCGGAAAGUACAUAUACCCGUACCUCGAGUCAACGGACGGCACUUCCUUCACGGCCCCUGAGCCUGUGCCCCAGUCCCCGCUCAGCGAAGCAGGAGGCGGCCCCGGCGGCAAUCCUGAUCUGUACACCACGAUCCUGACCGUCUCCGCAUCCGUCACCAACACCGGCCCCGUCGACGGCGCUACGGUGGUACAGCUGUACAUUUCCUUCCCGCAGGGCUACAAGGAUCCUGAGACCGGCGAGGCGGUCGAUUUUCCCGUCAGGGUGCUCAGGGGCUUUGAGAAGGUGUUUGUUGAGGCGGGUAAGCAGGAGCAUGGCAAUGGUGGAGGGAGAGAGUUGGUCACGUUUGACGUGACGAGGAAGGAUUUGAGUUAUUGGGACGUAAAGAGGCAGAAUUGGGUUAUGCCCACCGAGGGAGAGUUUGGGAUUAGUGUGGGGUUCUCGAGUCGGGAUUUGCCGCUGCAGGGGACGUGGUAGAUGGCGUUUGUCGAUAUCAGAGAAUGUCGUUUGGGAGUUCGAGACGGCGUUUUGGGGAUAUGCAUAUGGUUAGCUAGAGAGUGUGGGUUCGCUUCGGUUUUGGCGUUUGAUGUUCCUUCCUUUCCUGUAGAUCAUACUAUCUCAACAUCGCUUUCCUAUGGUCACGACUCACUUGAACUCUCCGCUAGACUUUGGGACUUUGUGUUUGCAUACUGUUUUGGAUCAGAAGUUGCGGGUGUCUUGGGUGUCUUGGCUGUC